CUUGUGUUUCACUUUCUUGCUCUCUUUUAGUUUUUACGGACUUUUUUUUUAAAGUAUGACCUUAUUUUUCGGGAGAUCUCUUUUUACUAAGACUAGAGUGAAAGCUUUGAUAUUCUCAAAAGCAGCUUCAAAUUUAAAGCUACCCCACUUUCAUUAUAAUGACAACCAAAAGUUUAGUUUCUUUCGAAAAAACAAGGGUUUCUUUUUGUUAGUUGGAGUUUGUUCCUUGGCAACGGGCAUCGGAUUAAGCGCGGUGAUACUUGCGAGAGAAGAAAAGGAAUUGCGAUACAAACAUGUAGUCAUAGGGGCGGGGGUGGCCGCGCGUGCUUGCGUUAGGGAAUUAAAUGCUUUAGACGAUCAAGAGUUGCCGGAAGGUUACGAUGGAAAAGUCUUAAUGGUUGGAGACAACUCCCGGAUGAACACAAUCGGGUACACCGACCAAGAUCGUGAGGAUUACUCGAAAUUUCUGGAAGAGCCUUCCAACACUGUGCUGAUGGGCCAUUAUGCCACUAAGCUGGACGUGCAAAAGAAAACUGUGCAACUUCAUGAAGGAACUGUUGUUUCCUUUGAUAAAUGCUUCGUUGCUACUGGGGGCGUCUACCCCUCUUUAAAAAAUGUGCAACCGUCUGCUGAGUCUCAUGUCACCACGUUUCACAGGAAAUGUGAUUUGGAGCACAUUAUUGACAAAUCUCAGAACGGUGAAUUUCAGCACGUGGUGGUAGUUGGGGGCGGCUCCUUAGGCACGGAAGUAGCUCUGGAACUUAAAAGAAGAGGAAGCCCAGAUUUGAAAGUUUCGCAGAUUUAUGCUGAACCAGGCGUUAUACAUCGUAACCUUCCGGACUACUUCCGCGCGUAUUGCACGGCGCUGUUGCGUUCUAAAGGAAUCGACCAACGAAACUUUUCUCUGGUGACCAACGUGGAGACUGACUCUAAAGGGAAGCUGCAGUUGACCAUAGACAGCUGGGAUCAGUACACCAUGGAGGCUGACCACGUGAUAUUUGCUCCCACGCAUAUCGAUGCUAGAAACGAGCUGGCGGUGGAAGCUGGCCUUGAAAUUGAUCAGAACAAUUCUGGCGUGGUAGUCAACAAAGAGCUUUUGGCCUUUUCCGAUGUAUACUUCGGCGGCGACGUGGCCAGCUGUCCCUCCAGCAUUUUUGGAAGGAUACGGGUCCAGAACUAUAACCAUGCACGUGCUACAGGAACACUGGCGGCUCGGAACAUGUUGGGAGGGAGAGAAGUAUACAAUGACAUACCCACUUCAGAAGUUUUCUUAACAGAAAUUAACAUGAAGCACAAUUUAGUUGGUAUCGUCGAUGCAAAACUCGAAACUGUCGGGCUCUGGGAAGUUAAUAAAAAUAAGAAAGGAAAAACGGAGGACCAACACUUCUUCACGAGUCGAUACAACAAAGGAGUGGUGUUCUACUUGUCCGAGGGAAAGAUUGUUGGGAUGCUGCUGACCAAUCUUAACGAAAGCUCUCACGUGGAAAAGGCGAGGAACAUUAUUAGUGGACAAGUGGACUAUUCGGAUCUCACUCGUCAGGAAAUCGAGCUCGAAUGCAAAGAGAAGUUUAAAGCAGAACUGAACCAACCGUUGGUGCGAUCUACUUUCAGCAAAGGAAAUCGCGAGAGCAAAAGAGAAACUUCUCACAAUCCUUAUAAAAAUAGACGCCAUGCAGAGAAGCCUCUGACCAGACGCCCCAGCGACACGAUACGUGACUCAAACACAAACUUGUAUUGGCGGUCAAGCUAAGGGCUUCCGCCUCCUUUCGAACUCUUUGGCUUUCUAUUUAAAAAAAUAAAAAAAAAAUUCACCGC